AUGUUGGAGAAGAAGCUCUCGGAAAGGAAAUCAUUCACGGUUGACACGGGAAAUCUUGCACAGUAUACUGAACUGAUGAUGAAGCGCCACGUGAACUCGUCGGCCGAGCUCACUGCCGCUUUCGCUAAAUUCGCUAAAGAGGGCCCCGGAAAGCUGAAUCUCGACUCUGAGCCGAUCUCGCUCUCUGCGUGCGAUUUGGAUGACGUUGACAAAGCUGAUAUCAAGACAACUCUGAAAGUAUUCCUGCCGACUUUCUCGCCGAAACUCACCCCGGAGGCUGUCGAAUUGUCCCUUCGCGAGUUGAAACUCGGCUCGAUCUCUCAAGUUAUUCUUCAAUUUCCCAAGCAACAAGAGGACAUGGAAGACGAGAAAUGGCUGGAGGCAGUGUUGCGAGUAUGGUGUCCGCUCGAGAAAAUGGCUGAAAAUGGAAAGAUUCACGUGUUGGGCGUGUCGGACACCGACGUCGAGCGUUUGCGUUUAUUGUGCGAGAAUGCGGAGAAAGAUCCGCCGAAAAUCGAUCACUACAGUAUCGAUGGAUGUUGCGCGGUUCCCAGCGAGUUAGUCGAGUUCGCAAAAUUGCACGACAUUCAACUCCUUACUCACAACGACGCGCGCACUUUCGAUUUAUGCCCGAAUUUUAAGGAGGAAAGCGUGAAAUUGUUUGGCGAAUCAAUUCGAGAUUUCACCGUUACUUGGGCGGCACGUUACACGAUUUGGUUGCGCAGUCGCUCGGUGAUGGCCGCUAAGGGAUAUUUAGUGCAUUUCGAGAAAGAGAUUCAG